AUGAGGGUGAUUGUUGUCGUGUCGGGGCGCGAACUGGCGACCGAAGUCACCCGCCAAGAGACCGUCCUGGAAAUCAAGCAGAGAUUGGAACGGUUUCUCGGUAUCCCGACAUCCUCACAAACUCUAGCCGUGUGCGGGUUGGAAUUAGUAGACGGCCUCGACAUGGAUGACUACCCUUUCAUCAUCGAAGGAACCAAAAUCCAACUCACCGUUGAAGACGCCAAUCGUCCUCUAUCUAAUGGCUAUAGCAAAAUGCAGGUCGUCGUGAAGUUCCCCACGAGGAAAAUCAGUGUGGAAGUCGAUCAGACCGAGACGGUCCACAGCCUCAAGGAGAAGAUACACAUCCUGGAGGGUACGCCGAUCUCCAGGAUGUCGCUCUUCUUCUCCGGGAGAGAAUUGGAGGACGAUUUCCGGUCUCUGACCGAGUACGGUGUUGGGGAGUCUUCGGAAAUAGUUAUCUUCCUAAAGAACAGCAGCAGGCAGAGGCACGAGCCCCCUAGUAGGAGGCUCAGCAUCGUGGUCCAGACCUCGUCGAGCCUGCUCAAUGCAGCCGCAAUUCCUCUGGAAAUGAAGGACUCCUGCACCGUGGGUGACUUGAGGCAGAUGCUGCUGAGCCGCCAGAUUCUUCCCGCGGAUGACUAUAUCUUCAUACACAAGCAGAGGCUGAUGCGCUGUGAUUGCAGCCUGCGUUGGCACGGCGUGGAGGACGGCGAGACGCUCUAUGUAUUCAGAGGCACCGUGACGCGUGGUUCCUUCUGA